AAGACCCAUUCCUUGGCGUAUGUAAACGAAACAGGACGCCAUCCAAUCACAGCCCCGGUGUAUGCAAACGAGGCAGGUAGUGAUCCAAUCAGCGUGUUUAUGGGAGGAGUCUAUCCGAGGCUGUGAUCCUGCAGUCUGAGCUCAGCGCUGUGAGACUUCAGAAGACCGGCGGAGUGUCCGCGUUUCAGUCGGGACUUUAAUUCUCCAUAAACACACACACACACACACACACACACACACACACACACACACACACACUCCAGCACCAAAAAGGAAAACAAAACAACCCAAGCACUGGAAUUUAUCUUUUCUAUCUUUUUUUCUGGAUGCGAAAAGAAGAGUAGCCUUGUAGAAGAGCGUGUUUGAGAGGUUUCAGUGAUGUGAUUUGGGAGCAGGAGGAGGAGGAGGAUGAUGAUGAUGAUGAUGAUGAUGGAUUAUAUUCCGGAUUUGUCCUGCAUCGUGAUGUGUGUGUCCUGGACAAGCUGAGAGACAGAAGAGACAGAGACUGAAGUGUAACAGUGUCCUUAAUGGAGCGCCUGGUUUACAUCUGGCUGCAGCUGGAGCUCUGGGCCAUGGCUGUGCUCUUAACCAGAGGAGAAAUCCGGUGUUAUUGUGACUCGCCCCACUGUGUGGCUACCGGUUACAUGUGCAAGUCGGAGCUUAACGCCUGCUUCACACGCGUCUUAGAUCCCCAAAGCUCCAAAUCUCCACUCUCGCACGGCUGUUACGAGCCUGGGCUCGUGGGAAACGGAGGGAGCGCGUGCCGAUCCGAGGCUACCCAGGAUGCCCUGCGCGCCCUGCGCCCUGCCGCGCUCGAGUGCUGUCACGAGGAUAUGUGCAAUUACAGAGGGCCACAGGAUCUCACCUACGGCCGGGGAGAAAGCAUGGAUCAUCGGAGUCGUCCUCAGGCUGAAGGCGGCCGUCAGAUAAUCGCCCGCGUGCAGGAGAUGCCCUCGUCCAAGGAAGUGUGGUUCCGCGCCGCCGUCAUCGCCGUGCCCAUCGCCGGCGGCCUCGUCCUCGUCCUCCUCAUCACGCUGGCUCUGCGGAUGCUGCGCAGCGAGAACCAGCGCCUGAGACAGCAGCGACGCGAGAUGCUCUCUCGCCUCCACUACGGCUUCCACGGGCAGCAUCUCUCCAAAAGCCGCGGCACCAAACUCGACCUGGAGUGCAUGAUGCCUCUGGGAGGACACGAGAACUGCUGUCUGACCUGCGAUAAGAUCAGACAGUCUGAUCCGAGCAGCCAGAGACUCUUAUCGCUGGUGCACUGGGGACGGCACGGCCCGAGAGGCAAGCUGGAGUUGGUCUGAACGUCCUUUCGGAGAAGAGGAGGAAAAAAAGACUUAUAAACUCGAACGCAUCAUCCAUCCGGUUGCUGCUGUGGAAGCACUUUACUUGAAUCUGACAUUUAAAAACGCGACGUUUCUAAUAACUGAAGGAUUUAAAACAAAACAAAACAAAAAAACAAGACUUGUGUUAAAGAUUUGCACUUUUGUAUAAAGAAGAAGAAGAAGCGUAAAAAAAAAAAAAACAACAACAACCCAAAACCGGACUGUUCACGCUUCCUAAGUGUACACAUUUGUCCGUGUAAAUAUUACAUGACACAGAAUCAGUCCGUUGUGUCUCCUUUUUUUUCUCCUUUCUUUUUUUUUUUUCCCCCUGUGCUAACAAUACGAUGACAUUUCUAACAGCCCCACACCAAAAUUCCACCGAAUAUUUCCUAAACGUAUUCAGAAUACAUCGCUACGUUCCUGUCUCAGAUUUAACCGUCACUUAACGACCGGAACCGGAAAAAAAAAAAAGGAGAAGACCGAAACGCAAAGGUCCGAGAGGGAAAAAAAACGACAUUCGUAACUCGUAACGUUUUAUAUACGAUCGGUAGUUUUCACGUUUAAAAAAAAAAAAAAAAAGCGUUCGUGUUGUAGCACGUUGGCGCGGUCCGACGCUU